AAAAAAAACCCUCACUUCCCAUAUCUAAACAAAAUUAGUGCAGCAGCUUGCCAGCUUCAUUUACAUGACUCACCCGUCACCACGUACUAUAUUCAUUCUCCAUUAUCAUUUUACUUUUAUGUUUCUUAAAUUUAAUUUAACCGAUGACAAAAUGAUAUUAUUAUUAUUAUUAUUUGUAAAAUACUUCCGAUUUGAUUUUGUUAGCAUUUGAUUCAUAAUAAUAAAAAUAAUAAUAAUAAAGCAGUAGAUAGUAUACUCCUCACUUCUUCAGUCCUCAAUCCUCAAUCCUCAUCUAUCUACCUAAUAAGUAAUAACCUGUCAUUUUCAAAGAAGCAAAAGAUUUAACAUAUAGCAAAGCCUAAAAACAGAAACCCAAAACAAGUUUAUCUUCUUUCCUUGAUCACAUUUAUAAAUUCUCCUUUUCAGUUGUCUUUUAAUCUGAGUUUUGUUUAACAAAGCGGCCAAGCAACUAUUUGCUUUCCUUUAAUUUAUCCCUGUUACCUUAGCUUUAAACUCAACAUUAUGAUUUCUUAAGUGUUUUUUGUGGGUUUUUCUAUUACACUCCACAUUUUUCUUUAAAUAUCAAUCAAAAAUUAAAAAGAGUAGAAUUUUGGGUUAUUGUAAAAAAGAUGAUUACGAUGAAAAAGAAGAUAUCGAUAUCAUUAAUGGUGGUUUAUUUGGGUAUUGUUGCAACGACGUCGGUAGUUGUUGCGAGUAAUGUGACGUAUGAUCAUCGUGCUAUUGUCAUUGAUGGAAAACGCCGUGUUCUUGUCUCUGGCUCUAUUCAUUACCCUCGCAGCACUCCCGAGAUGUGGCCUGAUCUCAUUCAAAAAUCUAAAGAUGGAGGAUUAGAUAUAAUUGAGACUUAUGUUUUCUGGAAUUCGCAUGAACCACUUCGAGCCCAGUAUGAUUUUUCUGGUAGAAAAGAUUUAGUCAAGUUUGUCAAAUUAGUUGGUGAAGCUGGGCUUUAUGUUCAUCUUCGGAUUGGUCCGUAUGUUUGCGCUGAAUGGAAUUAUGGUGGGUUUCCUCUCUGGUUGCAUUUUAUUCCUGGAAUUAAAUUUCGGACCGAUAAUGAGCCAUUCAAGGAUGAAAUGCAACGAUUCACCACCUAUAUUGUGGAUUUGAUGAAGAAAAAUGACCUUUAUGCGUCACAAGGAGGACCCAUAAUCUUGUCUCAGAUUGAAAAUGAGUACGGAAAUAUUGAUGUAGCAUAUGGGUCAGCUGCAAAAUCAUACAUUAAGUGGGCAGCAAACAUGGCUGUGUCGUUGGAUACCGGGGUGCCAUGGGUUAUGUGCCAGCAGGCAGAUGCUCCUGCUCCCAUUAUCAAUACGUGUAAUGGAUUUUACUGUGAUCAAUUUACACCGACCUCCAAUAAUUCGCCAAAAUUAUGGACAGAGAAUUGGAGUGGAUGGUUUACUUCCUUCGGCGGUAACAUACCUUAUCGACCUGUUGAAGACCUGGCUUUUGCAGUAGCACGCUUUUAUCAACGAGGGGGUACAAUGCAAAACUAUUACAUGUACCAUGGAGGAACCAACUUUGACCGCACCUCUGGUGGACCGUUCAUCUCUACAACUUACGAUUAUGAUGCUCCAAUUGAUGAGUAUGGCAUUAUCAGGCAACCAAAAUGGGGCCACCUAAAAGAUGUGCAUAAGGCAAUAAAGCUCUGUGAGGCAGCAAUGGUGGCAACUGAUCCGACGUACCCUUCUCUAGGUCCAAAUUUGGAGGCCACAGUGUACAAAACAGAAUCAGGAUUAUGUUCUGCAUUUCUGGCAAAUUUGGGUACAAAUGCCGAUGCAACAGUGAAAUUCAAUGGCAACUCAUAUCAGUUGCCUGCAUGGUCCGUUAGUAUCUUGCCUGACUGCAAAAAUGUGGUUCUCAAUACUGCAAAGAUAAAUUCUAUGGCGAUGCUUCCAAAAUUCAUCCCCCACUCUUUGAAAUACAACCUUGAUUCUUCUGGAGAAAUUCAGCAAACGUGGGGUUGGUUUCGUGAACCAAUAGGCAUAUCAAAGACGCAAGCCUUUGUAAAACCCGGCCUACUGGAGCAAAUAAAUAUUACAGCUGACAAAAGCGACUACUUGUGGUAUUCAUCAAGCAUUAUUAUCAAAGGCAAUGAACCAUUCCUUCAAAAUGGAUCUCAGACUGUUCUUCAUGUAGAAUCACUAGGUCAUGGUCUUCACGCUUUCAUCAAUGGAAAGCUUGCAGCUACCAGAUUUGGCACAGCAGGAAAUAGUAAGAUUUCAGUGGACAUUCCUGCAAUAUUGAACACGGGAAAGAACAAAGUUGACCUCUUAAGCUUGACUGUGGGACUUGCGAAUUAUGGAGCAUUUUUUGACUUAGCCGGAGCUGGUGUUACUGGUCCAGCAUUGCUGAGAAGCUCCAACGGUGGCCUUACUUUGGACCUCUCCUCACAACCAUGGACGUAUCAGGUUGGACUGAAGGGUGAGGACUUAGAUUUGGCCAGUGGAAGUUCCUCGGUUUGGGAUUCCUCUGUCUUCCCUAAGAACCAGCCUCUAACAUGGUACAAGACAUCAUUUGACGCUCCUGAUGGAAAUGACCCAGUUGGUCUGGAGUUCACAGGGAUGGGAAAAGGUGAGGCCUGGGUGAAUGGGCAGAGCAUAGGACGCUAUUGGCCAGCUUUUAGCUCUCCAAGUAGUGGUUGCUCCGACAAUUGUGAUUACAGAGGACCUUAUAAUGAAAAAAAAUGUCGGAAAAAUUGUGGGAAACCGCCUCAAACAUUGUAUCAUGUACCUCGUUCAUGGGUAAAACCAAGCGGCAACAUCCUUGUGGUGUUUGAAGAGAUAGGUGGAGAUCCAACAAAGAUAUCUUUGGCUACUAAAAAAGUAGGGAGCAUGUGUUCCCAUGUAUCAGAAACUCACCCAGCACCAGUUGAUAUGUGGAAUACAGAUGAAACAGAUAAGAAAUUAGAACCUAUGCUUUUGUUGGAAUGCCCUUCACCAGAUGAAGUCAUUUCUUCAAUCAAGUUUGCAAGCUUCGGUACUCCUCAAGGCUCUUGUGGGAGUUAUACACAUGGUAAAUGCAGGACAUUCCGAGCACUGCCACUCGUGAGGAAGGCUUGUGUUGGAGCUCGCAGUUGCAAGAUUGGAGUAUCGAUCGACACAUUUGGUGAUCCAUGUACUGGAGUGAAGAAAAGUUUAGCUGUAGAAGCUAUUUGUGGAUAGGUCAUUUAGUAUCACCCUUCCUAAUUUACGAGGAUUUGAAGCUCAAGCUUCAUUCUCUUCCUUUAGUACUAUACAUUGUUCAAUAAAAAUAUACAUCCAUUGUACAUUUGUUCUCAGUGAUUUCCAAGUAGUGAAACCAAAAAAUAUUUCUCAAA